AUGGGGUUUAGACAUCGCAAUUACCCCGACUACGUUUGUCGUCUCAAGAAAUCCAUGUAUGGUUUAAAACAAGCUCCACGGGCGUGGUACCAGCGCUUUACUGAUUUCAUACUGUUACAGGGAUUCACGCAGAGCAAAUCUGAUAAUUCUCUGUUCAAAUACCGACAUGGCUCCCAUACAGCAUACUUAUUAAUUUAUGUUGAUGAUAUUAUUCUAACAACUUCAUCUGAUGAUUUGCGCAAACGGCUAAUGUCUACUCUCGCAGGCGAAUUUGCAAUGAAAGAUUUGGGCCCCUUGACUUAUUUUCUGGGUAUUUCGGUUACACGCACAGGUGAUCGGAUGUUCUUAUCUCAGCAAUCAUAUGCUAAGGAUAUCAUUCACCGGGUCGCCAUGGACUCGUGCAAACCCGUGUCCACCCCAGUUGAUACUAAUUCAAAGUUAAGUAACUCUUCUGGUCCGUUGUAUGAUGACCCGACCACCUAUCGUAGUUUGGCAGGCGCCUUACAAUAUCUAACUUUCACUAGACCUGACAUCACUUAUUUGGUUCAGCAGAUUUGUAUGCAUAUGCACUCUCCGACUGUGGAACAUUGGAACGCCCUUAAACGUAUUAUCUGGUACUUACAGGGCACCUCCGACUACGGUAUUCAUCUAAGUCCAGCGUCUACUUUGUCUUUGCUCGCUUACACUGAUGCCGACUGGGCUGGAUGCCCCGACACUCGUCGCUCGACGUCAAGUUACUGUGUCUACCUGGGAGAUAACCUCAUUUCUUGGUCCUCAAAACGCCAGUCUACGAUUUCUCGGUCCAGCGCAAAAGCUGAAUACCGAGAAGUCGCCAAUGUUGUGGCCGAGAUCUGUUGGCUACGGAAUCUUCUUCUGGAACUCCAUCGCCCCCUUUCGCGAGUAACUCUUGUUUACUACGACAAUGUGAGUGCGAUCUACCUAUCUGGCAAUCCUGUUCAACAUCAACGCACUAAGCACAUUGAAUUGGAUAUUCACUUUGUUCGCGAGCAAGUUCAACGCGGUUGUGUUCGGGUCCUUCAUGUCCCAUCCCGUUAUCAAAUUGCAGAUAUUUUCACUAAAGGCCUUCCACGGGUUCUUUUUGACGAUUUUCGCUCCAGCCUAAGCGUUCGUCCUCCUCCUGCUUAG